CACACAAGUGCUCACCUGACCUCGUGCGCACCAAGCGUAAGUCGUCCUGUUCGAUCCUCCACAAGCUCGCAGCUUGCGUGCGAACAAACAGAACGCACAAAAGAACACGCUUUGCUUUGCACCUCGCUUCGCUCGUACGCCGAGAACAGCACUUUUGCAUCAUGACCAAGACGAGCAAGAAAGCACUCGACAUCAUCAUUGUGGGCGCGGGGUUGGGCGGGCUCACAGCUGCUGCGUACCUCAAAAAAGCGGGACAUCGCGUGACGGUCCUAGAAAGGAGCGCGAGCUCGCUCGGUCAGUCUGAACCGACGGCAGAUUUCGGUCUGUCCAUCGUAGCGAAUGCGGUGCACCUCUUGUUUGCCCUGGGCGUAUCCGAACCUAAUUUGAAUGGCGUGGAAUUCACACAGAUGUGGGACCUGACGCCCGACAAUCAACUCACGGCUAGCGUGCCUUUCAAUACGAGGAAAAUGUUUGGCGCUCCUACGCUGCUGAUUCGUCGAUCUCGUCUGGAAAAGGAGUUGCUCAGGAUUGUCGAUUCGGACGAAGGGUCGACGGAAGAUCGGACGGGCGGACAGGGAACGGUGGACCUGGUGUGGAAUGCAAAGGUGGAGAGUGUCGAUGUGGACGAUGGAACAGUCGUACUGCGCGAUGGGACGAGCAGAUCUGCGGACCUCAUCAUCGGCGCGGACGGCGUCAACUCUGUGGUCCGCAAAGCCAUUCUUGGUGAAGGCGCUCAACCGCAGUUGCACGGUCUGCUCGCCUACGUGGCACAUGUAUCUACCGCACACUUGGCCUCACUACCUCAGACGCGAUUUGCAGUAGAGGAUGCCGGGAAAAGAGGACUUGCCUUUUGGAUGAGCAAUCCUUCGGCGCCAUACCGCGUGGUCUUGUACCCUUACUCUCCAGAAGCCUUCAACAUCAUCUGUAUUCUUCCAGACGAGCGUUGGGCGUCCACUUUCGCCGCUUCCAAACGAGCAAGCCUUUCAGACGUACCCGCAAAGAUCCUCAAGGAGGAACUGGAAAAGCAAGGUUUCGCAGAGGAGAUUGUGCAGCUCGCCACGGAGCACGGGAGUUCCAUCUGUGCUUGGAGGUUGAGGACGCUGCGACAGAUGCCUUGUCAAGAGUGGCACAAGGGGAAGGCUGUGCUUUUGGGAGAUGCUGUGCAUGCGCUCACCCCGCAUCUGGGCCAAGGCGUCAACAUCGCUAUAGAGGAUGCCGAAGCGCUCCAUUACUUCAUGAGCAGAAGCGACGGGUCGACGAAAUCUUUGAAGCUUGCCAUGGAGCAGUACGCAGCUCUCCGAGCUCCACGAGUACACAGAAUCCAAUGGCGCAACCUGCAAGCCGCAGGGUUGCUCUCGGAGGAUGAAAAGGCGAAGCAUGGACCGAUCGAUAGGCAAGAGUUUGGGAAAGAGACGUACGCUUAUCAGGGAGCUGAAAAGGAGCUUUUAAAAAGGAACAAAGAGGAGAUUUCGGUUUGACCUGCUUCGAUUCGAUCAGAAUCCAAGCACUCUCGCAGUCCGGCUGUCGUCCACCAAGUCUUGAUACGAAGUGGGCUACCGCAAUCGUCGCGCCGAC